ACUUACUUGACCCAUAACAGUAUUCACUAUCAAUAAAUAAAUAAUAAACAAAAACAUAUCAAUUCAGUCACACUCAUCCUCAUCCUUCUCUUUCCAAUUUCCGCUUCGAUAAGGAAUCUAGGGUUUUCAUACACACUCAUUCUUCACCUCCUAAAGGGAAACUCCCAAACCAGCAACCUAAGUGAGACUUGUUUUGUGAUCGUGGCUACAUAGGUCUCUCCUUGUUUGGAUACUGACAAAGUUGAACAAGAAGACGUUCCGCUUGAAAUAAAAUUUUGAACAGAGGAAACAUGACAUUUCUGGUUUCCAUUACAAAAGAUGGGAUAAAGUAAUCUUCCAGUAGUAUGGCAACUGAGAGUCCAAUCAGGAUCUCUGAAGCUGGGGGCAAAUGGCCUACUCUUAAGGAAGCUGCAACGUUUGGUUCACCAUCUCAUCAUAUGGCAACAGAGGAUCUGGGUAUCUUUUUGAAUGGCCAUAGGUUCCACGGCAGUGGAAGAGAUGUGGUACCCAAUCGUAGUGGCAGUGCGCCUCCAAGCAUGGAAGGCUCAUUUCUUGCCAUAGAAAACUUAUUAUCCCAAAACACCACUAGAAAUGCAAGGUUGGGAUCUCUCAACAGAGCUGUGCAAAAAUAUGAUAGCGGUAAAGGGUCCUUUCAUUUGUCACGAAAAACACUUGCAACACACAAGGAGGAAGCUGAGGAUGAUUCAACCCAACAGAUUUAUGAUAAUGAGUUAGAUAAGGCUAGUGGAAAAUGGCAUAGACAAGAUGUGGCUUCAACAUCAUCUAAGCACAAAAAAUUAGUACUGGAAGAUCUUCCGCAUGCCAUGUCACCUGUAUAUAAUAAGUCUCUCGGAGUGGUGGAUGAACUAAUUGAUGUAGAUACUGGUUCAAAUUCUUCUUAUGACCCUUCUGUCUCUACAAUGGAUGCCAUAAAACCUACCAUAGGUGGAGAUGAUAUAAGGGUAUCAUCAUAUGUUGAUUACUCUGCCCCUGUCACAAGCUCAUCAUCUCUCAAUUCCAGUGGAAGCAUGGGUUUUAAUGAUUUAGAUGUUACAGUUGUAGAAUCUCAAUUGAGGGCUCUUACUGUAUCUAAUCUACCAAAUUCAGAAAGUCAGAGUUAUGAAGAUAAAUGGAAGAACAGCGUACAGAAUAGUUUGAUGCAGCAACGUCACCAACAAAACUAUCCAUGUGAAAUUCCUAACAAUUCUCAAAGUGAAAAAUGUGCAUAUAUUGGUAUGGAGCAGCCUCUUCACAGUUCAAGCAAGUUCUCAUCUGAGCCUGUAUUAUCUGUACUGCAAUCAUCUGGGUAUACACCUCCACUAUAUGCUACAGCAGCAGCUUAUAUGACCUCAACAAAUCCUUUUUACACUAAUUUUCAGGCUUCAGGUAUAUAUUCUCCACCGUAUCUAGGUGCAUAUCCCUUUAGUCCCACAGCUGUUCCUCCGUAUAUUGCUGCAUACCCUCCUCAUGGUUCUGUACCACUUGUUGAUGGGGCUACUGGUACUAGUUUUACUCCCGAAGCAGCAGGGGUUUCUUCUAUUGUAGGAAACAUUUCACAUGGUGCUGAAAUGAUACAUGCAAACAAGGUUUUUGGACAAUUUGGAUUUCCUCUGCAGCCUUCUUUUGGUGAGCCUUUUUACAUGCAAUAUCAUCAACAACCUUUUGUGGAGGGAUACAGUAUACCUGGUCAUCUGCUGACACCUAGAGCCAGUGUUGGUGGCCAAAUUGGUCCUUAUGAUUCCCAAAAAAGGCCCAAUAGUGAUAGUGGUGCUUACUUGGAUGAAAAAAAAUUACAUAAUCCGAGAAGUGGUGCUAAUUUGAAUUCUAAUAGAGGUGGGAUAAUGCAUCCUGGUUACUUUGGACACCCUUCAAACAUGGCUUACGCAACCCAGUAUCCAAGUUCUCCACUUUCUAGACCAGUCUUGUCUGGAUACCCAGAAAGUAGUUCUGGCCUUCCAGGUGGAAGGAAUGAAAGGAGACCCUCUCCAGCUUCUGGCAAAAACGGAGGUUUAUUAUCUGGAUGGCAAAGUCAAAGAGCCUUAGACAGUGCUCCCAACCCAAAAAUUGCAAUUUUUCUUGAAGAGUUAAAAUCUGGCAAAGGUCGCAGAUUUGAGCUAUCUGACAUCAUUGGACACAUAGUUGAAUUUAGCACUGAUCAACAUGGGAGUCGUUUUAUACAGCAGAAGUUGGAAAACUGUGGUGUUGAAGAGAAGGAGUUAGUGUUCAAAGAGGUUCUUCCACAUACUUCUAAAUUAAUGACUGAUGUUUUUGGCAAUUACGUAAUUCAAAAGUUUUUUGAGUAUGGAAGCCCUGAGCAGAGGAAAGAACUUGCAAAUUGUCUUCUUGGUCAGAUACUGCCUUUAAGUCUUCAGAUGUAUGGCUGUCGUGUAAUUCAAAAGGCUCUUGAGGUUAUCAAUCUUGAACAGAAAGUUCAGCUUGUUCAUGAGCUAGAUGGAAAUGUCAUGAGAUGUGUCCGUGACCAAAAUGGGAAUCAUGUAAUACAGAAGUGCAUUGAAUCUAUUCCAACUAAAAACAUUGACUUUAUAAUAUCUGCAUUUCGUGGUCAAGUUGCUAUUCUAUCUAUGCAUCCUUAUGGUUGCCGAGUCAUACAGAGAGUUUUAGAGCAUUGUUCGGACGAGGUUCAAUGUCAGUUCAUUGUGGAUGAAAUCUUGGAGUCAGUUUUUACUCUUGCUCAGGACCAGUAUGGUAAUUAUGUUGCUCAGCAUGUGUUGGAGAAAGGAAGGCCUCAGGAAAGGAGUCAAAUUAUUAGCAAGCUUUCGGGACAUAUUGUUCAAUUAAGCCAGCAUAAAUUUGCAUCAAAUGUUGUUGAGAAAUGCUUGGAGUAUGGUGAUUCCACUGAACGACAGCUGCUAAUAACAGAGAUUGUUGGACAUGACAAACCACAUGAUAAUUUGUUGACAAUGAUGAAAGAUCAAUUUGCAAAUUAUGUGAUCCAGAGGAUUCUUGAGAUCUGUUCUGAAAGUCAAAGAGCGGUGUUACUUUCUCGCAUAAGGCUUCAUGCUCAUGCUUUGAAGAAAUACACUUAUGGAAAACACAUUGUGGCUCGGUUUGAACAGCUACUUGGGGAAGAGAACCAAAGUCCUGGGCCUUGAUGACAAGCAAGGGUCUUGUACAAUGCGUAUGUGGCCUGCAAACAUAACAACUAACAUGUAUUUCUCUAUCACAGGAGAUAGAUGAGAUAUUGAUCUUUGGGCUUCCUAUUGAAUAAAUGAAUGCUACUGUGUCUUCAUAUAUGCUGCCCCUGGAUAGUUCCGAUAUUCAUGACUUCAAAUGUUUGUGUAUGCAUAUAUGUUGUGCACUUAAUGUAAUUACGUUAUUUAAGGGAUUGGUUUGUAUUAUUGCUUGAGUAUAAUCAGUUGGAAGGAGAAAUCUUUCGUGAUGUAAAUUUACUGGAUCUUCUCUGCUUUACAGUGAUUGUCUAUAGGAAAGAACUGGGCUCGACCAA